GGGUGGUGUGCUGCUCCUGUUUGCCGUCGGCAAACAUGCGACAACGUUGCCUACGGCCGCUCGCCGUAGGGCUCGGAUCCCCUCGGAUAACGGAGUCCGAAGAGGAUGCUGAUGCUGAACGCAUCAUCAGCAGCAUGCGAUCUAAGAUCGCAUGA